CUCCUUUUCUCGUUCCUUGUCUCACGGUUGAAUCAAGACUACCCGCCCUGCAAUCUGUAGACUGUGUGGGAUGUACCCUGCAGCAUGGUGUGGGCUCCGUUUUGAUGCCCAAGGCAAGACGUCCCGAGUGUAGGUCUCCAGGCAGCAAGAUCAUCAAUCAAAAUGUAUGGAUAUCCGAAGCUUGUGCGGGACGAUGGUUGCUUCUGGAACACAACCAAUUAAAUAUUCCUUUGGUCCUCCCCACAUCGGAUGAGCUAGGUACCUAGCUCGGCUGUUGCCGUCAGAUGAUCGCAUCCCGGCGCGGUGUGAGGGUCGGGGUGUCGGGGUGUCGGGGUGUCGGGGUGAUACAUGCACACGUGCUGAAUCCCACACCGAGCUCACCUUGGAGAAGUACAGGUGUUUCUCGGCCUAAGUCACCUCAGCCAUCGACAACUUGCUACGGAGUACAUGGCCACGACAACCCAGCCAUUGAUUCAUGGCAAGACUACCUAAUCAUGAAUAUCACUCAAGUUGAAGCAUCAUCUCUGGAUUCUGUAAACUACGACCCCAUCUCCCAUCUCAACCUCCUCUUCUCCCACCCGUCCGCUGUAGCUUCGAUCGGAAACGUCUCCUCCACGCUCCAGAACCACAAGGAUGACCUCACGCGCUCCAUAUCGGCCCUCGAGACGGCGCAGGCGUACGGGCCCGACAGCUCCCUGGAGCGGAUGCAGUCCGCCCAGGCCGAGCUAGCCUCGCUCUUCCGGCGCAUCGAGAGCGUCCGCAGCCGGGCCCUGCAGACGGAGCGCGACAUCACAACCAUGACGGCCGACAUCAAGCGGCUCGACGGCACCAAGCGCAACCUGACCCUCAGCAUGACCGCCCUGAAGCGCCUGCAGAUGCUGACCACGGCCUACGAGCAGCUGCGCGGCCUCGCCCGCACCCGGCAGUACCGCGAGUGCGCCGGCCUUCUGCAGGCCGUGCUGCAGCUCAUGCGCCACUUCCACAGCUACCGGAGCAUCGAGCAGAUCGCCGUGCUGAGCAGAAACGUCAGCGAGCUGCAGCGCGAGCUGCUGGAGCAGGUCUGCGAGGACUUCGAGAUUGCCUUUGCGAAGCACGAGACCGCCGACCGGAGGGGGACGCUGGUCGAGGCGUGCCUGGUCAUGGACGCGCUGGGGGAGCAUGCAAAGUCGAGGCUGGUGACGUGGUACGUGAACACCGAGCUGAGGGAAUACCGGCACGUGUUCCGGGGCAACGACGAGGCGGGAAGCUUGGACAACAUUGGCAGGCGAUAUGCCUGGUUCAAGAGGAUGCUCAAGACCCAUGAGGAUGAGCACGCUGCCAUAUUCCCCCCUCACUGGCGCGUCGGCGAGGUCCUGGCCAUGGCCUUUUGCGACGGCACGCGGGACGACUUCAAGGGGAUUCUGGAGAGGAGCAUGAGGAGGGCGGACGGUAACAAGGUCGACGUCAAUCUACUCCUCAGCUGCCUGCAAGAGACAAUGAACUUUGAACAGAGCCUGGAGAGGCGGUUUGCCAGCGAACCGAGAGCGAGCAUCGACACACUGAGCUCGGCAGACGAGCGCACCCAGAGCUUCAAUGGGUCAAUAUCCGUUGCGUUUGAGCCGUACUUGAGUCUGUGGGUUGAAUCCCAGGACCGGGCGUUGGCAGCCAUGAUUCCCAAGUACAAGACCCAGCCACUCCUCCCGGAGGAUGAGGAGUUCUCGCCCCAAGCGGUCAUUCCGUCCGCCAUCGAGCUGUUCCACUUCUACAAGCUCACGCUGUCACAGUGUGCCAAACUCUCCACCGGGGAACGGCUGCUCGACCUGUCCAGAACAUUUGCAAAGUAUUUGGACGAGUACGCACAGCAAGUCCUGCUUACUUUUCUCCAGAAAGGGGGCCAGCCUGGUCCGCCUCUCCAGGACAUCAUCUUAGUCUUGAACACGGCCGAUUUCUGGCACACUAAUACCAACCAACUCGAGGAGAACAUCAAGAAACGCGUCGAUGCGGAGAUGAAGCCGAAAGUAGAUCUCUCGUCCCAGUCGGACGCAUUCAUGGGCGUGGCCAGUGCAGCCGUGCUAGCCAUGGUUCACAAGGUCGAGCUUAAUUGCGAGGGGCCCUGGAGGGAGAUGAGGAACACCAACUGGAGCAAGAUGGAGAGCGUCAGUGACCACAGCAGCUAUGUGGGUGAGCUGCUAAAGCAGGUCAACGACAAGACGGCGGAAAUCCUCCCUCUCAUCGGCAAGCAACAGUAUGCUCGAGCGUUCUGUGACAAUGUCAUCGAGCAUAUGGCCAGUGCAUAUAUCAACAACAUUGUGCAAUGCCGGCCCGUGUCUGAAGUCGGUGCUGAACAGAUGCUUCUGGACAAAUACGUUUUGACCAAAGAUUUCGAGAACCUCCUCGCCUACCAUAAUCCAUCCUCUUCUGCUCCCUACAACCCCCCGGCGAGCUUCGUCAAGAGGGUCAACCAAAGCAUGACCCGCAUCGACCCCUUGCUCAAGACCCUGCAGGUCCGCCCGACCCCGCCGGAGGGCCUCGUGCAGGCCUACCUCAUCCACAUCGGCGACCGGUCCGACACCAACUUCCGCAAGAUCCUCGAGCUCAAGGGCGUCCGCAAGCAGGAGCAGCCCCACCUCGUCGAGCUCUUCACCAUCCACCGUGAUGGCUCCGGCACCGACAAGCCGCUCGUGCACAGCUCCCCGCUUCUGACCCCGCUCAUGGCGGGCUCCGGCCUGGGGAGCGCCGGCCUCGGCAUCAGCCCCGCCGCCGCCGCCGCGCUGACGGCCGCCACCGGCGGAGCGGCGGCCGGCCUGCAGACGAGGUUCGACGCCGCGUCCCUGGGCGAGAAGCUGCUCAAGUCGGCGAGGGACGGCGUGGAGAGGAUGGGCACGGCCGGGGGGGCCGCGACCGCCGGCGCGUCGUCCUCCUCCCCGGGCGCGGCGGGGGCGGGGCCCGCGCAGACGCCGGAGAAGGCGACUAUCAACGACAACCUGAAGAACAUUGGCAAGUUCUUCCGGAGGGAUAUCGGCGGCCUGGGAGCGAGGUUUGGGAAGAGGGAUAUCACGCCGACGGGGGCCGCGGAUGAUGCGCAGCGGUGAUAGUGAGCUUUACCCCUUUUUGUAGGGUGUUUAGAUUUUAUAUGAAGUAAUAGACUGGCUGGAUACCUCAUGGUUCUAAGGCGUGACAAGCAGUGUCCCGUCUCUCAUGAUCUGCUCUUUUUAGGCUUUAGGGGCCGGUUUCCAAGGUUGAGUCCCUGUCCUGGCACCUAUCUUUUGUGAAAUGUAAUUUAUGGAAAGAGGAUCAUUAAAAAUGGCAGUCAGUAUGCCACUUGACACUAGGAAAUCGAGGGUUAUCAGUAGGUAGUUUUCGGGUUGAGAAGAGCU